GCUGAAAAGCUGUUGACGCGUGCAGAGGAGGCAGCAGCCGACGAAGUCGGUUUGUCUGCUACCUGGAACAACUUCGCGUGCCUGUACAGGCGCAACAAGAAGCUGCGCUCAGCCGUCGUGUACCUGGAGCGAGCGUUGGCCAUUGAGGAGCGCUCUUGCAGCCCCCUCACGGCGCAGACCCACUUGAACUUGUGUGCCACGCUUUCGCAGCUUGCUCGCCAUGGUGAGGCCUUGGAUCAUGCCCAGAAAGCCUUGGUCAAGAUUUACGAGGUCUUUGUGCCACGCGUCUGCGACGGCGCAGCGCUUGAAAAGGGCGACUUGGAUGAAGCCUUGGCACUUUUAUGUGUCGCGUAUCACAACAAAGGUGUGGAGCAUGAGCAUAUGCUUCAGAUGGAAAUGGCUUUGGAGGCCUAUGCUUCGGGUUGCCAAUGGGCGGCGAGGCUUGCCGGUGGCUGCAACCAGCUGUCUCGCACUCUUCACCGGGCCGCACAAGAGGUGAAGGCAAAGAUCCCACUGCCCGCGGCUGGCCUCGCGAAGUUCGACUGGUUUUUGUCAAGGUCACCACCACGCCCGGGCACAGCAACGAGCGAUCACCUGGCUGCUCUCCUCACGCCCAAAGGAUUGCGGCCCAGGAGUGCCCCAGCGGACGGCCCCGGCAUCUUCAACUCUGGGACCUUGCAUGAGAAAAGGAAGAUCUCCAGAGCUGUUUAUGUCAGAACCGUCUUUCUGCGAAAGAGUUUGUUGAUAGCGAAGCAUCUUCUCAGCUGA